GGCUAGCUCGCUUGUGAAGAACGGUUACUGUCACUGUAACGUUGUUACGUAUUAUUAGUUCCAACUUCAGAGGUUCUGUGCGACUUAUUUUGGACUCCACGCCAGAGUUACACACUGUCAGUGGCCUUAAGACAUAAGGGCCCUUCCCAGGUUGCUAUGACGACCUCCUCCUGACAUCAGCCACCUGCGCGUCUCUCCCGUCACUAUGAGUGGCGCGGCGCUUGUCGUCGUGCUCGUGGCGGUCUUCUUCCUGGCGCUCUACCUCCUCCAUCGCUAUGGCGACCUGUGGAGACAGCAGCGGAUGGUCCUGCUUGGGACGCUGGUGUCCUGGUACCUCUGCUUCCUCAUCGUCUUCGUAAUGCCACUGGACGUCAGCACGACCAUCUAUAAGCAGUGUCUGCUGGACAACUCUGCUGAUCCAACAAGGGACGCCAGCAGUCCGUCUCUUAAUCCAACCGACAGUGUGCCAAGUGUGUGUGAAAAGCCGUGGAGUUACAUACCAGAUGGAGUGCUUCCUGUCUUCUGGAGAGUUGUUUAUUGGACCUCGCAGGUCCUCACCUGGCUGCUGCUGCCCUUCAUGCAGUCGUACGCCCGCUCGGGAGCUUUCAGCAUCGUCGGAAGGACGAAAACAGCGCUUGUUGAAAACGCCAUCUACUACGGCAGCUAUCUGCUCCUUUUCAUCUCUCUGCUCAUCUACGUGGCGGCUCACCCGCAGUGGCGACUCACAUGGACUGAGUUCCAGACCAUCGGCAUCACUGCGGCCAACACGUGGGGUCUCUUUCUCCUGGUGCUGUUGCUAGGAUACGGUUUGGUAGAAAUCCCGCGUUCCUAUUGGCUGUCAUCGCUCCACGCUCACUCGCUGGCCAAGGCCUACUUCAAGGUGGCGAAGAUGGCCAGUGAGAAGGCGGCGGCUGAGGAGAACUUAGCCGACGUCAUGGAGGAGGUGUCCGUCGUCCAUGCGUCAGUCAAGUACAACCAUUCGUUAAGGAAGUGUGUUGACACCAUUUUGACAAAGUGUCCCGCUGACUACCAAGAGGAGAUGGGCAGAGACGUGGAACGCCCCAGUGAUGUAGAGAUGGUCCUUCCGAGCAAAAGAGGCCUGGUUCAGCUCCAUAAAAAAGUGAUCUCUGCAGUGCAGCAAUGCUGUCAAACUCGAGUUCAAUGGUCCAUGUUGCUGGAGGAAGUUUUCCAUCUUGAGGACAUCGCUAAGAGCCGCAGCAGCCCGACACGCCUCUUCACCCACAGCUUCUGUGCAACGCAACACCCUGGUUGGAUCCGGAGAUUUCUCUACACUCCUAAAAUCGAGUGGUACUGGGAGUGUGUGUUCAGGCAGGUUUUCUACAGGCUGCUGGCAGUGUUGCUGUGUUUCCUCUCAGUAGCGGUCGUCUGGUCCGAGUGCUCCUUUUUCAGCACACAGCCUGUCCUUUCCCUUUUUGCUAUUUUCAUCCAGAUGGCUGAAAAGCAACGCAACUACAUUUGUAUUGAGGGGUUGUGCUUUGUCACCGUCCUCUUCUUGUGUGUUUGUGUCUACUCCACGGUGUUUAGAAUACGGGUCUUCAACUACUAUUGCCUGGUGCCGCAUCAUCAGACAGACGCCUACAGCCUGCAGUUCAGCGGCAUGCUCUUCUGUCGCCUGACUCCUCCAUUGUGCCUCAACUUCCUGGGUCUGAUCCACAUGGAUCCUGCUGUUUCCCACCAGGACCGCAUACACACAUCCUAUACCUCAAUAAUGGGCUCCAUGCAUCUGCUUUCUUUUAUAUCCAACGGCUUCUACAUCUACUACCCCAUGCUGGUAUUGCUUCUCUGCUUUGCCACGCUGUGCAACCUGGGCUCUCGCUGCUUGAACCUGCUGGGCAUCCAUCAGUACGUCACUAACGACGACCUGACCUCUGACCUCGUGGACGAAGGCAAGGAACUUUUCAGGAGAGAAAGAAGAAAACGACAGAAAGCUGAGGAUGCAGGGAACAGACGAUGGUUGAGCAGAGAGCACUACGGGGCCACAGGAGGGAGCAGAGCUGAUUACACUGAAAUAAAGGAAGACACUAUGGAGGAAGCCAAGAAAAGCGUUGUAUCAUUCACUUGGAGAGAGACUGAGCCCGAGGAGCAACACAGGAGUCUACUGCAAAACUAAAACUACAGUAGCAAAAUCCACCAGGAGACACAUCGUCGCGAACAACAAUCUUUGAUGAUGUUUUUAUACAAAAGGGAAAAAUGGAGAUUAAAAUACACUACUCGUGUAAGUUGAUCAAAUAAGUGCCAUGAGUAUUAGUACUGCCAAGUAUUCACACUUGCUUUCUGGGCCAAAUGAUGACAUACUUUACAUACACUACUUUAAUCUGUGAAACUGCUCUGUCAAAUGUGAGUUAGAGCCUUCAGAUGUCCUUUUUAUAUAUUAUUUAUUGUCAAGACUUGAGGUUGUUUCCCUGUGAUAACAAGUUGUUGAAAUAAAUGCAAUUUUGACAAAGAUAUUAAAAAAAUA